UGCGGGGCAAGUUUCGAUCUGGUUGUUGAACACAUCCAACAGGAGGUUAAUUUAGGGCCAGACACCCCGAAGAUCAAGUGGAGCAAUAUGCACGCGUCUACCUCAUUGGGUUGGUUGGUGGAUUUAUGUUCCCCGACAAGGUAAAUCGGUGGAUACAAGGCAUGUGGUUGUCGUUGCUCCUCGAUGAUUGGGACGAGAUCGGGGGAAAGAGUUGGGGGUCGGCCGUAUUGGCUGGGAUCUACCGAGAGUUGUGCACUUGCUCAAGGUUGGGAGCAAAACAAGCUGGAGGUGCGAUGUUCGUACUCCAACUCUGGGCAUGGGAGCAUCUUCCAAUGUUCGCUCCCCGAGACCCGCGGGAAUUCUGGGGUCCAGAUGAGGAGCUACGUGAACUAGCGAAUCCCCCUAUGGUGUCAAGUGGAUCGGAGCAAAUACAAAUGACCACCAGCCUGAGCACUCUUUACUGUUUUAUCGUGCUGAGUUUGAUAAGCCUUGGUGGAACCAGGUGACAUGAGAUCCAUAUCCACCUCAAGUGGGCGAGAUUCAUCUUCUUAGACACCCCUAGGAUGUAGAGACGUGGUUGUGCAAGGUGCCCUUGAUCUGUUGGCACAUGGUGGAGUGACACCUUCCAGAUCGAGCAUUGAGGCAAUAUCGGAUGGAGCAACCAAUUCCAGCAUCCCCACCUCAAGGGUUCAAAUAUCUCCAUGCCAUCGACCUAUGCCACAAAUCAAAGAAUUGGAUCCGUAAGCAUGAGUUCUACAUCAACAUUUAGGAGAAUAGAGCGACUUGGGUUGUCCAAGGUUUACCGGAGACGAGGCCAAUGGGGUACCACGAUGAAUACAUGGUGUGGUAUCGGAAAUUCACACUUAGAUGGGUGUCAAAGCAAGGUGUUGUGUGGGGAGCGGUGGUAGGUGAUUCCAAUUCUUACUCUUUUGUCCCUAGAUUACAUGCUUAGAUUUGAGUGAUGGCAAUUAACUUGAUUAGAUUCAUUUUAUUGCAUUUUACAACUUAUUCGUAUU